AUGAAUAAAAAAACAAUUAUUGGUGUUGGUGGAGUGAUGGUGAUGGUUUAUUGUGGAUAUAAGUUGUAUAAUUAUUGGAAAGGUGAAGUGAAAAGUGAAGUGGAAAAUGAAUUGAAAUGUGAAGUUGGUGAAAUAGAAACUUGUGAAAAAAGUGAAGGAAAGUGGAGUGAAGCAAGUGAUAAAGGUGGUGAUAGUGAGUGGGAUGAGUUUUGUGAAUUUUUUGAUGAGUUUGAAAGUGAAAAUUGUGAUGAAAUUUAA